CGUGGCCCUCUGAGCGGCCCCGCCCCGUCUCUCCCGCUAGGGAAGGACGGAGAGGGCGGCCUAGCAACCAGUCUGUUCCCGCGUGUCCUGCGACUCCGCGGCCUCGCACCCCCACGACCCCGCAGCAUGGCCGUCAAGAAGAUUGCCAUCUUCGGCGCCACCGGCAGGACCGGGCUCACCACCCUGGCACAGGCGGUGCAAGCAGGCUAUGAGGUGACAGUGCUGGUGCGGGACACCUCCAGGCUGCCCUCAGAGGGGCCGCAGCCGGCCCACGUGAUAGUGGGUGACGUUCGGCAGGCGGCCGAUGUGGACAAGACUGUGGCGGGGCAGGACGCCGUCGUCGUGCUGCUGGGCACCGGCAAUGACCUCAGUCCUACCACAGUGAUGUCCGAGGGUGCCCAGAACAUUGUGGCGGCCAUGAAGGCCCACGGCGUGGACAAGGUCGUGGCCUGCACCUCGGCCUUCCUCCUGUGGGACCCGUCCAAGGUGCCCCCAAGACUGCAGGAUGUGACUGAUGACCAUAUCCGGAUGCACAAGAUACUGCAGGAGUCGGGCCUGAAGUACGUGGCUGUGAUGCCACCACACAUAGGAGACCAACCGCUGACUGGGGCCUACUCAGUGACCCUGGAUGGACGAGGGCCCUCGAGGGUCAUCUCCAAACACGACCUGGGCCACUUCAUGCUGCGUUGCCUCACCACUGAUGAGUACAAUGGGCACAACACCUACCCCUCCCACCAGUACGACUAGGGCUCUGGCCCCGUCCAGGAGGACAGCAUCCCAGGAAAUAGAGAACAAAGGAAGGGAGCAAUAAAUCUUGAGCCAAGAGCUUCGAGUUAUUUUAGAGUACCCACCUCUGUGACUCUUCCUCUCUCUGGCUCUAUCUGGA